GUGUAUGUACAUACGUAUUGAUGCGUGUCUCGUGCGGUUUGAUCCGCGUGUGUUUUAUAAAAACGAAGCGACUAUAAAGCUGCUUUCCAUACUUGAGCAGUAAAUUGAAAAAAAAACUAUAUCCACUGAUUUUCAAAGCAUUCGCAUUUUAUUUGUGUCGAAAUAGCGAAUUGUCGAUUCUAUAUAAAGUUUUUACAAAGGAAACAUGCGUCGAGCACGUAUUAAAGCUUUGGCAAGUGUGCCAAUUCGAAAGAACCCUGCACAAGAUAUAGUAGCUUCUGAUAUAAGUAGUGUGUCUGAUAAAGAACAAAACAAGGAAGGUGCAGCUGCUGCUGAGUCAAAAUCUGAACAAGAAGCUAUCAAAGAUAUUGCAGAGGCAAAAAAUGAGAGAGAAGAAGGCAUCUCUAAUACUGUUAUACUAAAACAAGAUCCAGAUGUUGUUACAGAUGUUGCAAAGGCAUCUGAGGAAAUUAUUGAAAAAGAACAAAAAGAAGCUAGUUUUGUAGAGCCAGAACCAGUCAUAGUUCAUAAAAGAUCAGAUUUUCAAGAACCAUAUUCUCAAGUAAAACCAAGUUCUCAAGAACUAUGUGUUCAAGUGAAACCAGACUCUCAACAAUUAUGUGUUCAAGCAAAAUCGGAUUCUCAAAAAUUGUGUGAUCAAAUAAAUGACAAACCUGAAAAAUUUACAGAUCAUUUGGUUCAGAAAAGUAUUUCACCACCACCAGAUCUGCCAUUGACAGGAAUAGAAACUUCUCCUGCAAAGAAUCGUCUGUGUUUUAUGAGACCUGUACCGAGAUUAGACACUGGUGGCAGAGUAAGGAAGAAUAGCAUACAGGGAAGUGGUGCUAGUGCAAGCGAAUCUGAAGAUGAGCACGGCAAGAGAGCGACGACGGUUGUCGUGCCGAGUCGCAUACGAAAUGAUUCUAUUUGUUCCGUACAGAGCAACAAGGAAAGUAUUGCUGCUGACAAUCAAAAUACUUCUUCAAGAAUGAAAGCGAUGCAGAGAAGACGCAUGCAGGUUUCGGAAUCGGCGAGAAGGCUAGCCGAAGCGAGAAGGGAAUUUUUACUGAAACACGAAAAUAGAACGCCCGAUAAAAGUCAGAUGAAAAUGUAUGAUUUUAUAUAUUACAAUCCCGUAACGAAUCCUAUGAAGCCGAACAAAAGUCCACAAAGAAUUGCAGCACAACCGAUGGAAAUACCGGAAGAGGAAGAAGAGGACAAUCCGUCGGUGAUGCCUGUGCCGCAAGUGAAAGUCGGUCCUGAUGGUCAAUUGAUAAUAGAUGAACAGAGUCUCGUAAUAGAACAAAAAGAUGCAAAAAGAGUUAGAGAAAUAAUGUCGAGUGACAUUAUUAUUGAAGAAGGUAUUUGCAAUAAUGGUGGUUUCUAUAAGAAACACAAGAGAAGCAAGGAUUGGCCGAAAUGGGAGACGCUUAAAUUUUACAGAGUCUUGAACGUAGUUGGUACCGAUUUUUUAUUGAUGCAGACUCUGUUCCCAAAUAGGACUAGAGAAGAAAUUAAACAAAAAUACAAGAAAGAGGAAAGAGUUAAUCGUUCGUUGAUCGAAAAAGCUCUAAAAUAUCAUCAAGAGUUUGAUACCGAAAUGUUAGAAGAGCAAUUAGAAAUGUUGCAAAAGUUAGAAAAUAUUCAAAACGAGCUUAAAAAACCAGAGAAAAUUAAAAAUGGUCAAACUAUGAGCAGAUCAAUGAGAAGACGUAAGCAUCGAUUGGUAGCGAAUAGUAUCGGGGAAUGUGAAGCACUAUCUGUUAACAAUGAAGAAGUUGAAGACACAACGAUAUUGACAAGCGAUGAAAUUGACGUUGAAAUAAAUAACGAAGCGAAUACUACACCGCAACAAAUACGAAAGGGAAGUAAAGCGCGAAAGUUGAAAAGGCGUUUGGAUGAUACAUCUGACAAUUCCGAUGUUGAGAGUGCAAGCUGUAGCGAUUCAGACAGCUCUCCAGAGAUUUAUCGAGUUCGACCGACUAGAUCCGGUAGGCAGCCGAAGAAGGCGAAAAAGUUGCAAGCACCUGAUAUUAAUAUGCUUAAUAUAUCUAAUACAAUAUCUGACAAUGAUGUGAACGAAUCGUCAGUAAUUGACGAUUCUGGCGAAACGGUAAUGCCGUCACAUGUGGCUGUGGAAGUUACAGAGGUCGUAAACACUCCAACUGAGGAUGGUAAAAGUGUGGGAACAUCGUAUCCUGAAAAUAUUGCAAACGUAAUACCGAAUAUAAAUCAAAUGGAACCGGGAUCUUUAGUGAUCGUAACAAAGGAAUCUGCAGAGGAACCUGGAAACACUAUUUUACAAGUAUAUAUGGUGAGUCCGAAUGUUGAUAACGUUGCUAAUGCAGCGAUUGAGCUUAAUGAGUCUACGACGGAUCCGCAGAAGCCAUCGGAAUUUUUAACUAAUAAGCCAGAAACUGCUAAAUCGGUUGACAUUGUAAAUAUUUGUGAAAAAUGAUCUUUUCCAUUUGUACUUAGCUGUAUAGUUAUUAAUAACUAUAUAAAUAUAACAUUUAAUUUUAGGUAGCAUUACAAAGAUAAUACGCAUCUUCGAUUUGUCAGAAUUGAAUAUUAAUUUAUAUAGAUUAAAAAAGAAAAUAUAAAAAAAGGAUUGCAGGAAAUAUGUGCGAGACGAUACAUUUGUAAUUUUGUUAUUUAUAUAUUAAAUUUUUUUUAUUGGAAACGAAAAUUUCUUUAUGUAAUAUAGCAUGUGGGAUAUUUUCUAUUUAGAGAUAAAUUAAUUUAUUCUGAUAAAUCGAAAACUUUAUUGUGAUAUAUAAGAAUUGCGCAAUGUAUUUAUGUACAUUUAUUCCUGUAAUAUUUACUUUUUUAUCUGAAGUCAAAGUUUAAUUCUGUAUGUAUAAUUCAUAUUAUGAUAUCAUAUGAAUUAUCAUAUGUGCAAACUCUCAUAUAAUUCUUGCUCGUAAUUGUAAUCUCGUUUAUCAUUUAAAAACUGUGUGCAAAGUGAGAUUUUAUCCAGUGUGGUUCUUUUAUAUUACUCAUAUACUCAUUUGUCAUAUAACCAUAGUGGAAGAAAACUAAUGAGAGAGAUAAAACGCGUGACAUUUUUAUUUUGUGCAUAUGCACACAUAUAUGAUAUUUGUGUAUAUAAUUUUAUUGCACACAAACAUUUGUAGAAUAAGAAUAUAAGCUAAAAGGAAACGUUGUAGUAAGGAUAAGUUUUAGUCUCAACGAUUUUAUACAAGUAGCCACAUGUAUAAAAUUUAUUUAAGCACUUAUUACCUUUUAUAGCAUUGAGUAUAGAAAACUCUUAUUGAAGAUGAGAACUGAGAAAGACAAAAUCUAUUGUAAAGGUUCUUUUUCAGUCAACAUCUUGAGUGUCAGUUCUAAUAAUGUAUAGAGCUCAAUGGUAUUGCCAAUGUACUGCCAUGAUAGUGUAUAUAAUGUAAAGAUGUAUUAUCAUAAUUGAUUAUUUUAUAGCAACAAAAUUGUUGCAGCGAAUACAUCAAUGCAGCUAUCAUAAAUAAAAUAACGAGCAAUUAUGAUGAAUAUGCAUGCAUU